CUUGGAGAGGCGCAGUGUCGGUGAACGGGAUUUCCUGGAGCUCUGAUUUCUUCCGGGUUCGUCUCUCGGUUUGUUUUGUUUGGGUGGAUCAGCGGACACGGACUCGAACAUGACACAAACUGGGUUUUGAGCUUUAGUUUUUCUUCAGGAUAAAGAUGGUCUGUGUCAAGUCUCACGCUAAAGGCGGACAAAGUGACCUCAUCGUGAUUUCAUCCAGGACCUGAGACACCUGUUGCUCCAGUUUUCGACACACACACAGGUGCGAACAGGGAGCAGCUGCCGGCUGAGCGACAACCACCGAAACUUGGAAACAUUUAUUAACUAUUUAAAAAAAAAAAAAAAGAAAUAUUAAAGUUUAGCAGCGACUAUGAAAGUCACGGUGACUUUCGGGGACACCGGCGUGGUGGUUCCCUGUAAAGCUGGAUGGACCGUCCGGGAUUUAAUCGACCAAGCGGGUCGGAGAUACCGCAGGAUUCUGGAGCAGCACGGGGACAGCGAAUUGAAGACCCACCACUUGGAGUACAUGGACGGGGGGAUCCUGGACAUGGACGACCUGCUGAGCGAUCUCGUGGAAGACAGAGACAAGCUGGUGGCCGUGAUCGACGAAGUCCAGCAGCGCAGGAGGACGGACAGUCCCCGAGAGAGCAUGUCCAACGGUUACUCCAGCGCCGGCCCCAGCCCUGAACCCCUCCAAUACUUCCCUCACCUGCAGCACCAGGAUCCAAUCAGGGGCGAGAUUGAAGUCAACGAGGCCAGCCUCAAAGCCAACACACCUCUGUUGGUGAGGAGCAGCAGUGACUCGGCGUUGGCCCCGGCCCAUCAGGAGUCAGACACGCCUCCACCUGAAGACCACAGGAACGGGCCGCCUGAACUGGAAAUCGACCAUGUGCUGAGAGGAGCUUUGGAACGGCUGCGCACGGACGACCCCCCCGCCAAGAUGGGCAAAGUGAACUUCAGCACCCUGACGAGGGCAGUGGAGUUUCCAGGCAACUGGGGGCCUCUCGGUAUCCAUGUGGUCCCCUACUGCUCCUCUCUCAGUGGACGGACCCUGGGCCUCCACAUUAAAGGCAUCGAGGGAAACAGUCGGGCCAAGAAGGAAAAUAUCUUCCAGGAGGAUGAGUGCAUCGUCCAAAUUAACGACACACCACUCCAGGACAAGACCUUUGCGCAAUCACAGGAAGUGUUUCGACAGGCCAUGUCCUCGCCUUCCGUGCGCCUGGAGGUCCUCCCCGUGUCCAACAAGCCGCGCUACGAGAAGAGCCUCAUAGGCCAGCUCUUCACCGGCGAUGGCAAAGAUUCCCCCGCCGUUGUAAAGAGUCCGUUGAUAUUACGCGCUAAAACCGACCCCCAACCAGAACCCAAACAAGAUACCAAGCUGAACACCAAAUUAGAAGUGAGGCGACAGGACCCGCGUGCCAAGACCCCUGAGCCGGCGGUGAUAAACACGCCACCACCAUUGGAGCUCCAGCCUGGGCAUGACUCCCUGGAGAGAGUCUCUCCCGCACCUCCAGCCAGGGCAGCGAGCGCCUCCCCGACACCCAGGACCCGCAGCCAGAGCCCACCUGCCAGUAAGAACCCUGUUCUGCCAGGCCUGGCCAGCCUCACCAGCAAGAAGGGAGGGAAGAAGAUGAAAAUUGACCUGAAGAAAGGCACUGAGGGUCUGGGCUUCACCGUGGUAACCCGAGACUCCUCGGUGCACGGGCCGGGCCCAAUCCUGGUGAAGAACAUCCUGCCGCGCGGUGCAGCAGUCAAGGACGGCCGCCUGCAGCCUGGAGACCGCAUCCUGGAGGUAAACGGCGUGGACAUGACAGGCCGGAGCCAGGAGGAGCUGGUGGCCAUGCUGCGCAGCACCAAGCAGGGAGAGAGUGUAUCUGUGGUGGUGGCGCGGCAGGAGGACAUCUUCCUGCCUCGUGAGCUGAAAGGUGAAGAGGCGAGCAGUGUGGUGCUGGAGGACGGCAGGGAGCAGCUGAUGUAUGAGAUCCCCCUGAAUGAAACAGGCUCAGCCGGCCUGGGGGUCAGCCUGAAGGGCAACAAGUCCAGAGAGACCGGCGAGGACCUGGGCAUCUUCAUCAAGUCCAUCAUCCAUGGAGGAGCCGCUUACAAGGACGGUCGGUUGAGCAUAAACGACCAGAUGAUCGCGGUAAACGGUGAGUCGCUGCUCGGACGCUCCAACCACACCGCCAUGGAGACGCUGCGGCGCUCCAUGUCGUCAGAGGGAAACUCCAGGGGCACCAUCCAGCUCGUCGUGCUCCGAGCACCCAGACAGAUGAGCAGUGUGCCAAGUGCAGCAAAUGGGUCCGUCGCCAAUCAACUGAACACCCAAACAGGCUCCGGCGAUCAGGAGCCUUGGGGCCACAAUGCAUACCAGGGACCCUCAGGACCCUCGAGACCCCCGAACACAGAGCCCACCAUGAACGACGGCGGUCACACUCCAGCGGCGGCCAACAACUACGCGUAUGGCAACUCUGGAAGCGAUCCCUAUCCCGCUGCGACAGCCAACGAAAGCUACGGUCACUACGGCAACGACGAUGAGGAGCAUGGCUUCCCUGCGCCGCCCUCCCCCGGCACUAUGGAGGAAAUAAAUAGAGACUUACCACUAAGUACCCCACACCACAGUGAGUUUCAGAGGGCGGCCCACAUGGCUGCAGCUACCCACGCAGACUUCCAUCUGGCUGACGAGGACAACGCACCUCGCAACAGAGCGUCCAAGAGCAUGGACCUGGUGGCUGAUGAGAGCAACAUGGGAUCACUGGCCGGCCAGAGGAAUGAGCCUUCAGCUGGUGGAGCGCUGGGCCCGACCCUGGGCCUCUGGAAGUCCAGCUCCCUCGAGAGCCUCCAGACGGCCGUGUCAGAGGCCAAGCAGAGUCGCAUCCAAGCCGAGGUGCCGUUUCACCGCCCUCGGCCGCACAUGGUCCGGGGGCGGGGAUGCAACCAGAGUUUCCGCAUCGCCAUCGACAAGUCUUAUGAGGGACCUUCUGAAGACGACGACGACCUGUCAGAGCAGAGCUCCGGUCACGAGACGCCCGUCAGCAGCUCCUCUCGCCAGGGCCUGGACACAGAGGACGGGAAGAAGAAGAAGAAGAAAACCAAAGCAAAGAAGAAAGAGAAGAAGAUCAAAGGGAAGAAGAAAACCGAUGACUCUAUGGAGGAUCUAGAGAAGAAGACCAAAAAGAAAGGAUUUGGCCUCUUAAGGUUCGGUAAGAAGAAAGACGACAAGAAAGAUGCUGCCAAAGCCUCCAAAAACAAACUGGAGGCCCUGAGUGAAGAGGAGCUGGACAGGAUCCCUGACAACAGAGACGGCUACGAUCCACGCUAUGCCGAGGUCCACUCUGGUCACGUCACCCCCGAUCCAUCCUCCCUCCCUGACGUGGAAGAUGACGACAGCGACCCCAACUACGCACGCAUCAACAACUUCCGCCAGCCGCCCUCACCUCAGACUUUUAUCAGUCGCACACCCUCCCCGGGGCCCAUUCAGCAUCAUGCCUCCGCCGAGGAGCUGGACGGGCUCUACGCCAAGGUCAACAAGUCCAGGCCGCCCCCUGCACUCCAGAACCAGCACCAACCACAGGCAGACAGUGAUCAGCGUCUCCAGGGGUUGCGCCGCGAGCACCAGCAGGCCAGAGCCGCUCCGGGCUACGAGGAGCUCGACACCGCCCGCCGCAGAGUCCUGGAGCACGACCCAAACCGGAUGGCACCCAGAGAAUCCCGACCUGUGCACCGCUACGAAGAGGACCGACAGUACCCUACACACCCCAGGAGGGAUCCGUAUGAUUACCCGACCCACUCCAGACCCGCACCAAGAGAACCUGCCCCCUACCCCGGCCGUGCACCGCUCCCUCAGCCGGGCGGACAAUCCCAUCAGGCAUCCGGCAACCAGCGCUACUACCCCUCGUCUCCCCGUGCAGGACAGCAGCACCGUGCAGCAGUAAGGCAGGACGUCCCCCCUUCGCCCAACACCGGGCGCAGAGGGCGACACUACUAUGAAGCCGCUGGGGGGCGAGUAGACGAGUACCGGCACGCCAGCCCUGGGCGCUACACCAGCCCAGAGAGGUACCCUGGCACCCGGGAGCGCUACACCAGCCCCGAGCGCCACGACUACAAAGACGAAAGACAACCCGACCCGAGACGGAAGAACCCCAUGAUAGGUGCGGUGUAAAAUGUCUUGAGUGACAGAUCGCUCUCACCUAAACCUCAGAAAGCGCGGUGAAGUCGAGUCAGUCAUAGAAAGGAUAUAAAUAACUCCCAAGUUCAUGUGUUUCCAGAUUUGUGAAACAUAAUAUGAGCAGCCAGUGUGGAUAAGUGAGAUCUCGGCGUAUUAAUUUAUCUGAUCAGGAACACUGAAAGCAAGAAGUGACAAGCUGAGAGGCUAAAAUGAGGCUUAUUUUCAGAAGCAUCUGGUCAUAACUGUCUCCACAGGCCAAGGCAGAUUUAACAAGCAUUAAGGACUCGUGUGUGUACAUACAUGUUUGCAGAGUGCCAUUGUUUAUAAAUACAUAUUAUUAUUAUAGAUUUUAUAAUGUAGCGUUAUGAUUGAAUGAAGGGCCCAUAAAAUGAAUUCCAUAGAUAUAUAUAGUAAACACACUUUGUACAGAAUCAACUCUGUCCCAGCUCGCUGGGCGUGAAAGCGUGCUGACACAAGCUGAUCCCGCUGAAGGAAGUAGAGAGGGAUCACCUUGACCAGCCGGAGAGACACAGGAAGUGGAAGUCGACAAACAGGAAAAAGGAAAAGGAAGCCACCCCUUCAAAGUGUCUUCUUGCCCUUGAUGUUUUUGUGUCUCGGACUUCCUCUCCAUCCUGCUGUCGCGUUGGAUAUCUCUUGUUAUCGUUGAUUAUUUGUUGUACAGUUGUUAAACGUAUGAAUACAGUGAAAUGAUUUUAUUUGUCGUCUGUAAUAAAAUGUAUAACUCCUGAUCCACACACAGAUUAUAAAGGUAAGCUGUGUGACGCAGUGCAGCUAAUAACAAGCUUAACUGAACAUGUUAAUCUCCUAACAUAUCAUCGAGACAUCACUGCACUGAAAACUCAACAGUGAUCCAUUCAAACAAAGCAUGAUUUCAGUUUUUUUAAUAUAUGAAUAUUUUGCAUUAAAUAUUUUGAAAUCCUC